CGUAGAGGCUGAUGAUACAGAGGGAUAAUUCAGUUUGUUUAGUUACGUCACCGUAGCGACUCACACUUUACCGAUUCAAACAUUUUAAGGCAAAACCGAACUUUUUUUGGUCGAUACCAAUUCUUUCCUAUCUAUUCAUUUUAAAACAUUGUCAUAAUGGAAAAUGACACAGCGGAAGAAUCAAAAGCUAUACAUGUUAAAUAACAGUUUCACACAGGUCCUUUUGAUCUCUGUUAUUGUCAAUUGUUGCUACUACUAUCACCAUGGAAGCUAACUUUUUCAAGUUAUUCCUCGCUUCUGUAUCGUAAUGCAAACAUUUGGCAUCACCAACACAACUCUGCGAAACGGUAUUUAUCGUUUUCUGUUAUCACAAUUUAUUGGAAAUAUCAGAUAUAACAACUCCAAUCUUUGAAAGCGUUAAAUUUUAUUUUAUUUUACUCGUCUAUUCUUGAAAUGUUUUAUUUAUAUUACAAGCUGUAGUCGGCUUUUUGUUUUUUUUUUUGCUUCUUAUUUAAUUGAAUAAUAUCAUGGAGAAUACAUCAUAUAAUAAGCCUUCUAGGCUUCGGAUUAAACUUAUUACGAUGGGAGAGACAGAAGUUGGUAAAAGUUGCGUAGUAAAACGUUAUUGUGAAAGAAGGUUCGUACAUAAAUAUUUAACGACGAUUGGAAUUGAUUAUGGUGUGACUAAAGUGCAAAUUAAAAAUCGAGAUGUUCGCUUGAAUAUAUUUGAUAUGGCAGGGCAUCCAAUGUUUUAUGAAGUCCGCAACGAAUUUUAUAGAGAUGCUCAGGGAGCAUUAUUAGUGUUUGAUUUGUCUAGAAGAUGUACAUUUGAUUGCCUUGACCAAUGGCUAAUAGAAAUGAAGAAUGAAAUGACCAAUACGAAAGAUGCGAAUAAUAUGGUUGUAUGCGUAUGUGGAAACAAAGUUGAUAAAAGACGAGUUGUAAAUGAAUUAGAAGGACGUUUAUGGGCCGACUCUCAUGGCUUUCAUUAUUUCGAGACUUCUGCACAAACCGGAGAAGGCAUUGUUGAAAUGUUCAAUACCCUUUUAGGAGAUAUAGUUGCCACUAUUGAAAAUGGAGGUACUAAAAUUCCUUUGGAUACCCAAUUGGGUUUCACAAAAGAUCAAGUGGACUUGAUACAUCGUUUAAAGAAUGCUAAAUAUGACCAUGAACAACUCGGUGUGAAUCCGAAUGCAGUAAAAGAAGACAUCAACAAAGCUUAUCGCCGAUUAGCCGUACUUCUUCAUCCCGAUAAAAACAUUGCCCCUGGUAGUGAAGAAGCCUUUAAAAUACUGGUAGCUGCUCGUUCAUCAAUGUUAAAACGUUGUCUAUAGAAAUGGAAUAUUAGUAAGUUGGAUGUGUUCUUCAUUACCCCACCGUCUUCGAAAUGUCAAAGAUAUACCAAAUGUCAAACAACGUUUUCGUCGUCAUAAAUGAAUAAAAAUAAUAAUGUAUUCUAUAAUUUAUUCACAGUUUGUCCAAAACAUCUAUAUUCUGUUGAUCUGAAACCUUUGUAAACCGAAAUGCUGCCUAUUUAUGCAUGGUGCCUGAUACUAACUUUUUAAAUAAUUUUUACAUCAAUAUCUUGAGUGCGUGUGUUGUGAACGACGAGUUUAACGUAACCAACUGAAAUUAACUUUUACUUUUUUUGCUGUUUCUUUUAGGUGGGAAACUUAUGUCCAUUAAAUUAUUUCAUAAGGUUGUUACCUUUUUUUAAAAAUAUCACAAACCUCCUUGAGAAAAUGAAUCCUGUUUCUUCUUCGGUCCUAUUAAAACAACAACUUUUCACUUCUUUAUGCCAUAGCCAUUAAAAUGAAAGUGAAUUAAUCAAAUUAUUUGGAGAUCAAUAUCCCUUCUACCCUAAAUCUCAUUCGAUAAGUUAUACCCAUAAAAGUCAAUUAAAGAUAGUAAUUACUUGAAAGCCCAUUUAAGAACGAAACACCGAAAUUCAGAAAACACAAUUGGUACGUAUAAUUGUAUAUGUAUUUGUAAUGAGCUGAAUGCAUCCUCUUGCAUUCAGUGAGUCUUUAGGUAUUGUAAUUUUCAGGUAUACACAAAGGUGCCCUAUUGGCAUCUACUUCAUCUGCAAUCCCCUCCACCAACACCACAUAGCUCCAUCACAGCCCAUAACGCCACAACAGUUUUACUGCUAGUGAUCCUUGAACAUGUGAAAGACGAACUUAAUACAAGUGCAAGUUCAACUGAAAAUCGUGAAGCAAAAACUAUGCGAUCUUUUGUAAAACAACCAAAAAUUGUGAA